AUGGGAUUCCCACCCAGAGGGACGGGGACCAUUUCCAAGCCUAUCCUCCACGUCGAAGCACGUAUCAGGAAUGAGGGAAACAUCAUUGUCCGGACAGACAUCGUCCGUGAUGAAGUCACAAAGUGGCUCCUGGAAACUUUCGCUGUCCUAAGCUUGGGACAGGAGAUAACCUCCUUCUCGGACCUAACGGAUACUUACUGCCAAUAUCUUGACGUGAUAAAGGUGAUGGAAUGCGCAGGGCCCCAGCAGGAGAGCGGUGCAUACCGACUUGAGGACGUCGAACUGGACGUGCAAGCAUACCAGCUGCAUGGAUCUGAGAGCAUAAACGACUCGCCGCAGCCGACGUAUGCUGAUGUCAAUGGGAAAAGAGAUGAGGAAGGUCCGCAGGCACGGAUUAUCAGCCUACCAAGCAAAGAGUUGGAUGGGUUGUGGGAAUCACUUCUGUUUGAUGAGCUGAUACCGUCGACAUUGCUUCGAGCGGUGAACAGGAUGCCACAAAAACUGUCAAUCCGCCUGGGCAAACAAUUCCCCCAGAGCAAGAUGGUAGAAAUCAAUGCGCACUCGCUAGGGAGUAAAUUUUUCAGCGAAAGCGGCAAGCUAGUUGCACGAAUGUUCGAUAACAUUGAGAAUAUUCUUGAAGAGGAACCGGAUACUUUUGUAUGUGUGUUCAUCGACGAGGCGGAGACAUUGAUUGCCAAACGGGAACAGAGCGUGCACGGAAACGAGCCUUUUGAUGCGAUGCGUGCCGUGAACGCACUUUUGACGGCGCUGGAUCGGCUCAGACACAGGCAGAAUGUGGUGGUACUCUGCACUAGUAACCUUAUCACGGCGCUGGAUUCCGCAUUCCUCGACCGGGUGGACAUUAAACAGUUCAUGCCCAACCCGUCCAGUAGAGUGAUCUACGAAAUAUUCCGAAGCUGUCUGGAGAACCUCAAUCACUGCGGUUUGAUACACGGCGCGACCUUCGAUGUGGUCCGCGUCGACCAGGACAAUCCAAACACACCGUUGAAAUACGUCUCAUGCCCGGCAGAAACACUUGAUCUCCCCAGCCACACGGAGAUGGUUCUCUGGUACAAGCUGUUUCCUGAAUCCGUACCUAGACGAUUGGCAGACGUAGCUGAAGCGAGCGUGGGAUUGAGUGGCCGUAGUCUGCGCAGGCUUCCGGCCCUAUCGUUGGUGCUACACUCAGACUAUUCCAAGUGUACUAUUGAGCAGGCCGUGAGAGCUUUGGCGCUGGGAGUGGAAGAGGAGAAGCGGGCCGGAGUAGAGGCAGCAUCAGGAGCAAGCGGACGAUGUGCUGCCAGCAUGCCAGUGAGCUAG